CCAUAGAUUUAUGCGGAGAAGAAAGAGUUGUGAAAACAUUAUGUGAAGUUAUUGAGAGAAGGUGAAACUCUUGUAAUCAAUGGCGGCUACAACAACUGCUGCUUACCUGACAAACUUGGAGCAUGGAUUUAGUUCCAAGCCACGAUUUCGCCGCCGCUUAUUUCCCUCCAAUUCCGCCCCGAGAAUAUUUGCCAUGGCUCCUAAAAAGAAGGUGAACAAGUUUGAUGACAAUUGGAAAAAACAAUGGUUCGGAGCAGGACUAUUCUACGAGGGAAGCGAACAAGUGGAAGUGGAUGUGUUCAAAAAAUUGGAGAAACGAAAAGUUUUGAGCACGGUGGAGAAAGCUGGCCUUCUAUCAAAGGCUGAAGAACUAGGAUUUACACUCUCAUCCAUAGAAAAAUUAGGGCUAUUUUCAAAGGCAGAAGAACUUAGGCUGCUCAGUUUGCUAGAGAAGUCGGCUAGUUUCUCGCCUGCUGCUUUGGCAUCGGCAGCUCUUCCCAUUCUAGUGGCUGCUAUUUUAACAAUUGUGUUGAUACCCGAUGAUUCUGUGGGUCUUGUGGCGGCCCAGGCCGUUUUGGCUGGAGCAUUCGGGUUGACUGCAGUCGGGUUGUUUGUCGGGUCAGUGGUUUUGGAUGGGUUGCAGGAGGCUGAUUGACCAUCGGUUUUAUCCAACCUCACCUGAAAUAUAUCAAAUAAAGGGGAUAGCUUUGUAGUUGUCACAGCGAGAUUUAUAUGGUCAAUCUCAAUUUAUUUUGGAUCUAAAGUGUAAUUAUUAUUGUUUUUGUGUUUUUUAGUUGCUACACUCAACAAUUCCUAAUGUUAUGCUCACGAAUUCAUUUUAUGAGGAGAAGUGGAAAACCAAGCACAAGCUA